AUGGAUCCGGCCAUCUGUUCCCCAAGGCAUGCCUCUCGUGGCGGCGCGGCCAGAUCUGCUGUCGACGACCUCGGCGGCCAGGGAGCUCCUCCGGUUGCGGUGCUCUUAGGAGCUUGCGACGGCAGCAACUGGCAGGUUUGGCUCCGAGAAGAGGCUAGCGCAUUGAACACAUAUGUUGUAAUGAAGUCUGGUGGCGGCACAGGGCCUGGAGUCCGGAUCGAUGCCGGGCGUGGUGAGCUCGGCGGCCAGGGAGCUCCUCCUCCUCCGGCGGCUACAUCCACUCUGGGCAGUGUAUGGGCUUCAUUACCGCCACUUAAAAAUGGAUCUACAGAGCAUCAGAAACCUUUAAUAUUGGCUAUUGCAUCCCAAGACUCUGCAUCGUUUUUUCGGGACCGUAGUCUUGGUUCAGAUUCUCCCAUAUCUGGAUUGAUUGCCUUGCUCACUGCUGUUGAUGCUCUUUCUCACAUUCAUGAUUUAAGCAACCUUAAGAAACAGCUCGAUACACCUGUAGAAGGAUUGAGAGAAUGGCUGGAUGCUGUUCAGACAGCAGGGAUACCUUGUGCUGUCGCAUCAUCCCUUGACAGGAGAUGCAUGAUCAAAGCUUUGGAUCGGAUGGCACUAAGCAAAUAUUUCAAGGCGAUUGUGACUGACGAAGAUGAUAUGGAGUCGAUAGCAAAUAGGUUUCUGUCAGCUGAUAUGGACUUGCAGAAGCAGAUAAUCGAGAAGUCACCUCCCAAGAGGAGGCUGACAGUAGACACCAUUUUCUGA